GCACUUGGCAUGCGCACAUUAGUGCUGAAGAAGAAAAUCUUCAGUGUUAACCCAGCGAGUGGAGUUUGUAAACACUAGCAAGCCGGGCCACUUCUCCUAGUCAUUGGGAUGGGAAUAUAAGACUAAGCUGAAAACGUUAACCCAAAUUUAGUUCUUCAGUGCAAGGACACAAAGCCAAUGCGCAGGACAGGCCUCUAGUCGGUGCAAACCCAGUGACUUGCACUUCCGAUGCCAAGCUCAGUGGCUGAGAGAUCAGUGCCAAGUCUCACUCUCCUCUCCCUUUACAAUGUGCUGCAGAUAUCUGACCACCAGCGCACGUCAGGACGCCACUGGAAUGGACAUCACCAGCCGCUGUACUUUGGGGGACCCCAACAAGCUCCCUGAAGGGGUCCCCCAGCCAGCACGCAUGCCUUACGUUUCCGACAAACACCCCCGGCAGACCCUUGAAGUGAUCAACCUGCUGAGAAAACACCGGGAGCUUUGCGAUGUGGUGCUGGUGGUGGGCGCCAAGAAGAUUUAUGCUCAUCGUGUGAUCCUGUCCGCCUGCAGCCCCUACUUCAGGGCGAUGUUUACCGGAGAGCUGGCAGAGAGCAGGCAGACCGAAGUGGUUAUCCGUGACAUUGAUGAGAGAGCCAUGGAGCUGCUCAUUGACUUUGCCUACACGUCACAGGUGACUGUAGAGGAGGGGAACGUCCAGACGCUGCUCCCAGCAGCUUGUCUUCUCCAGCUGGCGGAGAUCCAAGAGGCGUGCUGCGAGUUCCUCAAGAGGCAGCUGGAUCCAUCCAACUGUCUGGGCAUCAGGGCGUUUGCUGACACACACUCCUGCCGGGAACUGCUCCGAAUCGCUGACAAGUUCACGCAGCACAAUUUUCAGGAGGUGAUGGAGAGUGAGGAGUUCAUGCUGCUCCCUGCCAACCAGCUGAUCGACAUCAUCUCCAGCGAUGAGCUGAACGUGCGGAGCGAGGAGCAGGUCUUUAACGCUGUGAUGGCCUGGGUGAAAUACGGCAUCCAGGAACGCAGACCCCAGCUGCCGCAGGUCCUGCAGCAUGUUCGCUUACCUCUUCUCAGUCCAAAGUUCCUAGUGGGAACUGUGGGUUCAGACCCUCUCAUUAAAAGUGACGAGGAGUGCAGAGAUCUUGUUGACGAGGCGAAGAAUUACCUGCUGCUGCCACAAGAGAGGCCGCUGAUGCAAGGCCCCAGAACCCGGCCAAGGAAACCCAUCAGAUGCGGAGAGGUUCUCUUUGCAGUUGGUGGUUGGUGCAGCGGAGACGCCAUUUCCAGCGUGGAGCGCUACGAUCCACAGACCAACGAGUGGCGCAUGGUAGCAUCAAUGAGUAAACGACGGUGUGGAGUUGGUGUCAGUGUGCUGGACGACUUGCUGUACGCAGUGGGCGGUCACGACGGCUCGUCGUAUCUCAACUCUGUGGAAAGGUACGAUCCAAAAACCAACCAGUGGAGCAGCGACGUGGCGCCGACCAGCACCUGUCGGACCAGCGUGGGUGUCGCUGUGCUUGGUGGAUACCUGUACGCUGUGGGGGGACAAGAUGGCGUUUCUUGUCUCAAUAUUGUUGAAAGGUAUGACCCAAAAGAGAACAAGUGGACCCGUGUGGCCUCGAUGAGUACCAGGCGACUUGGUGUAGCGGUCGCUGUUCUCGGAGGGUUUCUUUAUGCUGUUGGAGGCUCUGAUGGGACGUCUCCUUUAAACACAGUGGAACGAUAUAAUCCUCAGGAAAACCGCUGGCACACCGUGUCUCCCAUGGGAACCAGGAGGAAGCACCUUGGCUGUGCGGUCUACCAGGACAUGAUUUACUCUGUUGGAGGGAGAGACGACACUACAGAGCUGAGCAGCGCCGAGAGAUACAACCCCAGGACCAACCAGUGGUCUCCUGUGGUGGCCAUGACCUCCAGACGCAGUGGGGUGGGCUUGGCUGUAGUGAACGGUCAGCUGAUGGCAGUUGGAGGUUUUGAUGGAACGACAUAUUUAAAAACUAUAGAAGUGUAUGAUCCAGACGCCAACACAUGGAGGUUAUAUGGAGGAAUGAACUACCGGCGGUUAGGUGGAGGUGUGGGCGUCAUUAAAAUGACUCACUGUGAAUCCCACAUAUGGUAACGCCACCUCCGACCCUCCCCUCCGCUCACACGCCCUCAUCACCUUGUAACGACUGCUUCACCAGCUCUCCGGCCUCUAAAAGAGACCGUGAGAGAACAACCAUGGGAAUGGGAGGAAGGGUGGAAAAGAGGGUCAAACUUUAGAACUCUAGUUCAUCCUCAGAACUCACUCAAAGGUCAUUAACUUUAUUCUGGUGGUGUUCGUUGAUCCACAGCACUCACAGUGAAGUUCAGAGAUUAGAAGUUUACAAACAUCACAAAGCUUCCGGUUCGGAGGGAAAACUCCUCCUGUGAACUCCCCAUGUUUUCAUCAUCCCAGCCUCAGGGUCCAGAUUUACAUCAGCGUGUGUGACGGACGAGGCUCAUCGUGACCAUUAUCGCUACUCGGAGAGAUGAUCUCAUUUUGGAGGCUCAGAGGAGCUCAGAACUCUCAAAGCAUCUCUAGUAGAAGGCUGGCCACCGAAACUCAGGAGCCAGAGGAGAAUGGAAUCUGUUUAUGCUCGUGUCUUUCAUUUAGGCUUUGAUACACCCAUCCCAGCCGUAGCUGUCAACGUGUAGCAUCAGCAAAAGAGGGGAUGUUGUGCAGGACAAUGAUGUGCUACUGAGCACCAAACAGGUCUGGAACACUAGCCUUGAAUGUGUAGAGUUUAAAAAGUGUGGAAUAUUCUCCAAAGUUACAAAUGUUUCCCCUGAAAGGGUACGGCUAACGUUCCAGCAGAACUUUAGAUACUCAAGUGUCUCGUUUAUUUAUGAGCUGUUUUUUCUGCAGUCAGCUUAGCCUUCGGAGUCAAAACAGGUCUAAAAAAUGGGUGCUUUUCAGUGGUAGAAUAAUACGCAUCAGUUCUACAACCUGGUGCAUAUUACAGUAUCUGCACAUGUAUUCCAUGUUUCUUUUGGUUAUUCUAUACUUGCUGGUGGGGAGUAAAAACAGAUUGUCAUCACUUAUGCAGAAAAGGAUCGUUGUGCAAUAAGUUCAGCCUCACGCUCAAAUUAGCACCAACGUGUAAAUGUUCUAGUAUCAGAACUGGCAUUUUUCAGUGUAGGGAGUUUUCUUCUGCAGCUGAAGGAUGUUUUUCUUGUUUCUCAUAGUUCCCAACAGUUCCUUUCCUCACUUAGAAGUAAAUAAAAACACAAUUAUUUUUUUCUAUAGGAAUAAAUAAAUUAACAUGUGGAACGGUCAGUUUUAACAUGCUGAUUCCCCACGAUAAUGUUCUGUUCUCACAGGCCCUUUUUCCUGUCGGGAGAGGUCACAAUGGCACCAUCUGCUGGAGGGUGGUUGUAGUGCAGCAACAACUCGGUGGAUUUGGAGCUGAUCCUAGCUCAGAUCGUAGGGCAUGAUAGUGAGUUUAUUGCACUGUGACUGGAACUGUAUUUCAGUAGUUUUUAUGGAUGUUUCCAGAUAAAUGGGGAAGUUUGACCAGCUUGUUCAGAAGACAUUUCAGGUCUUUCAGCCACGGCUCUGUGCAGAGGGAGAUAUUUCCUUAUUGAAGCUUGUGUUUGGGUUAGCUCGGUGCUGCACGCAGUUCAUCACAGCUCUGUCACAGACUUGAGGCUGAAAGUGAAACAGACACAGGCAGAGGAAGAGAAUACACUUUUAUUAUUUUCUCAUGUGGAAGAAGGACCUAACCUGAAUGUAAGUGUGUCUGAAUAUUUAGAGAUGUGGUUGGGUUUAGUUUAGGGUAUGUGUAACAGGUUAUUACUGGACACAGACCCCUAGCUUUGCUUUAAAUAUGAAUGUUCAUGCUGUGGAAAACUCACUUGAAUUUUUAAAUCUGAACAUUUCCUGUUUUGUCUAAAGUUGAGAUUAAAGAUGAGCUGUGCAGCGUGCCCUA